UAAAAGACACCUUAAUGGAACUGAUUUAUUCCAUACUGGAUGUAUCCAAGUCUCCUGCUGAAUAUGACACCUCUCUAAAUACAGCAAGCCUGAGGCAAAAAUUGUUUGUCAUUAUUACUGCAUCUGCAGCCAGGAGGAAGCGAGCAGCAUCCUGUCCCAUAACACCCACAACACAGCAGAUUACGGACCUAAAGGAAGAUAACUCACAGUGGACACCUGAUCAGCUACUCUGUAUGUCAACGCAAACCUUUCUUGACACCUUUGCCAUCCUGGGAUCCGUUCAAAGUUUCAAUGAUCAGCAACUUGCAGUCCUUAAGAAUAAAUCCAUUGAUGCUUUGGGGCUCCCUUCCUCAUACACCAUAGAACAGAUCUUGGCUUUAGGGUGUCUCAUGGUAGGAUUCACCCCUGCAGAACUCCAACAAGUCAGUGUCACUUCCGUAGACAUCCUCUCAGGAAUCAAUGCGUGCCCAAACUGGACAGUGCAGAAGAGAGCAGUCCUUGUACAAAGAUUACUAAAUCAGACGGGUUUAACAGUUUCUACCAUGGGAACAGUGGAGUUAUCUGGACUUGGAAAUUUCAUCUGUGGGAUGACAGCAGAACAGAUUGCUCAGAUGAACACCACUUCCUUCAGAAUGGCAGUGGGAGUGUUGUCUACAGUUAACUGCUCAUUAACUGUCAUGGAAGAACUGAUGAAAAAGGCUGUGAGUGCCUUUGGACCAAUCAGCACAUGGACGCCAGCUUGGGUCAAUGAAAUUGGCAAUAUCAUUGCCGGAGCUUCAAGUACUGACCUACAGAAUCUGAAUGUCUCAUUGUUGCCUAUGAUCACCCCAACAGCCAUUGCUCUGAUCCCACCGGACAGAUUUCGUGUGCUGUCAUCCGAUCAACUGAGAGCCUUGGGCCCUACAAAUGCAGCCAUGGUAACAGCAGAACAAAUCGCCAUGUUGAAUUCUGACCAGAGGCAAGGACUCUCAGAGUCUCUAGGAGUUGUCAUACCUCGGGCUGCCAACUCCGAAACCUCAACAACCACUACAACCGUUGUUGUACCACUACCACUGAAAGGAGGUGCAUCACGUUUGGCACUAGUAGGCAUCUUGGCUCUAUUGCAACCUCUGUUUCUACUGGCCAUUGCACCUUAAAGCACUGCAACCUGCACAAAGCAGCCAGCUCCUAGCCACCGCCUUUGAGAUGAUUCUUCUCCUACUUUUUUUUUGUUGUUCCCUUUCUCUUGCUCAAUGCUCAUUGCCAGUUGAGGAAUGAAUCUAUGCUGUCUUCAUUAAGGCAAAUAUCAGAGAUGCUCCUCUAUUUAUUUAAAUACUUUUUGACUACAUAAGGUGGUAGACUACAUAAAGCAUUUAGUUUGGACACAUAGAUAAAUUUUCAACUAGAUGAUUAAUUUAAUUGAGUGGCUAAUUCAUUUUGAUUACCCAUACGUUUUGUUUAUCAUCAAAUGAGCUAUACUUUAAGGUAACCAUAUUUUUGCAUACAAUGUAUAGCAAAAUAGAGUUUAGGAUCUUGCAGAUGUCUGCUUGAAUUUCCCAUUUGUCAUGUAGAAAGUAAAAAGAGAUUAUAAUAUGUCUCAAACUUGAUUCAGACAUGCAGAUUGGGCCUGAUUAAAAGAGGGUAAUACUAUAAUUUCCAGGCUACAAAUUUGAUUUAUGAACUACCGUGAGCACUAUUUUAAUUGGAUAACGGCAGUGUUAAGAUGAGGUUAUUGGCACUGUAUAGUCAUCAUAGACAAGGCAUCCAGGUAGCACUUCUUUAUGUACAGUACUAUGUAUUUGUGAGCAAUUACCAAUUAAAACAUCCUUGAUCAGAACUAAACCAUUAGGUAAAUAUGAUUUUACAUCUUCAAAUCCCAAUAAUAAUAUUUCAUUAGAUUAUAUUAACAAUAUAAAUUAACCGACUAGCUCCAGCCAUGUUUCGGUAUAUGGCACCCCUGAAAUUGAAUUGAGCAAUUGUGAAAAUGCAGGGAUAGAUGGAUUACAAUAAAAUAUGUAUAAUGUUAACUGGACAUUCUAAUUUGGUCAAAUAUAAGUGAGUGUGAUUGGCAAUGAAUUAGCAUCCCAUCCAGGUUUAGUUCUUUUCCUGAGUCCGCUGCUGCUAUAGUUCUUUGCCACUCUGUACAGUACCAAAUAGUUGAAGGAAAGAAAAUAAUGAAUGAUUUCUAUAACUGCUACUCUGUGUGUAAAAUUGAGAAUAUCAAGGAGAUUCAUUAAAAUAAGGACAGAAUGUCUUUGUUUUUAUAAAAUAUUAGAAAAACAAAUUUGGCAAAACGCAUCACUUAUAGGCAGUGUGGUGGCAACAGCAUUAUUGCCUCAUUGAUCCUGGGUUCAGGGCUUCAAUACCAUGCCUGUUUGGAGUUCCCACCUUCUUUCCAUAUCUUCAUUGGUUUUUCUUAGCGGACUCCAGUAUUUAAUCUCACGCCUCAUAGAAGUGUGUGUGGGUUAGCCCCAUUAGGGAGUGUGCAAAAGUGAGCUCUGCAUUGGGCUGAUUGGUCUAGCUUCCCAUGACCUUGAUCUGGAUUGUUAUAAUUACCCACAAAUACUCUUUGUACAGAAUCAUUACCUAAUAAUGUAGUCUGAUUUAUUAGCAUACUCUACAAGCAGAUAAAAAUGAUUAUUAAUAUACUAUAUAUAAUUUGAUCACAUUAUACAUACUAAUUUUGUGAACAGUUGUCUUGAUAAACUAAAGUGUUACUAAAGAAUGGAUACUGUUUAAAGUUUAAGAGGACUUGGAAUGCAGAUACUCACUCGGAUGUUAAUAAUAUAAAGGAGGCAAAAGAAAUGUACUGCACAAUAUUUUGCCUACCAUCCAAUCUCUACUUUCUGAUUAUCUUUUACUUUUGCAUGCCUUUAAGUUUAUGUGUGUGACUGCAACAUUCCCUUCAUGAAAUUGUCUUUUUUCACCAUUAAAA